GGACCGGUUAUUUAAUGAAAUAUGAUAGAAAAAGGACCCGUUAUUGGGCUUGUUUCGGUUUGUUUUAGGUAGCUAGUUAGCACGCAGGCUAAGCUGUGAGGAGUCAGGAUACAGAGGCUCAUUGGAGUUGAUGAGCUGAGCAGAAAGUGGAGUGUCAGCACAACAGUUAGAGAGAUCAGGCGUUGUGUACCGGUUGAUCACCAUGGCAGGAGGCAUUACAGAGACAGGAGAGCCAUACUCACCUUUUGUUGGCUUGGUGUACAUGUUUAACCUAAUCGUCGGCACCGGUGCUCUGACCAUGCCCAAAGCAUUUGCCACUGCUGGUUGGGUUGUAAGCCUGGCUCUCGUCUCCUUUUUGGCUUUCAUGAGUUACAUGACCACAACGUUUGUGAUUGAGGCCAUGGCUGCAGCCAAUGCUCAGCUGCGCUGGAAGAGGAGAGAGCAGGACGAGACCAACAGCAGUGACUCUGGUUCUGACUAUUCGGACGAUGAAAUUACCACCCGGGAACAGUCGGAGCAAAUAGAAACACGACCGAUUCUCUCUGUUCAGCGUGCAGGGUCUGCAGAUCACUUUGACAUUGUGGAGAGAGUAGAGAUGGGACAAAUGGCCUCUAUGUUUUUUAAUAAAGUUGGUGUGAACAUGUUCUACAUCUGCAUUAUUGUCUACCUGUACGGAGAUUUGGCCAUCUAUGCUGCUGCCGUUCCCAUGUCCCUAAUGGAAGUGGCCUGUGGAAAUCACUCCUGCAGUGCUGGUAGUAUAAAGAACAACGACACAGACUCAUGCUGGGGGACGGUGAAGCGCAAAGAUGCUUACAGAAUCUUUCUGGCGGUCUUCACACUACUCCUGGGACCCUUCACGUUCUUCAACGCUCAGAAGACCAAAUAUCUCCAGAUCCUCACUUCACUAAUGAGAUGGAUUGCUUUUACCAUGAUGAUAAUCUUGGCGCUGAUCCGCAUCGGAAAGGGACACGGCGAGGGCCACCCUCAGGUGGCGCAGCUCAGCGGAGUUCCCAACCUCUUCGGCGUGUGUGUGUACUCCUUCAUGUGCCAGCACUCCUUGCCCUCUCUAAUAACCCCCAUCUCGGACAAACGCCGGGUGACGGCGCUGAUAACGGUAGACUACGUGCUCAUCCUGGCUUUCUACGGCCUGGUCUCUUUCACCGCCAUCUUCUGCUUCGACAGCUCGCUGCUGCGAGACAUGUACACGCUCAACUUCACCGACAACUGUGACGUCCUGGGCGUGGCCGCCCUGCGCUACUUCUUGGGACUCUUCCCGGUCUUCACCAUCAGCACCAACUUCCCAAUCAUCGCCGUCACGUUGCGUAACAACUGGAAGACGCUGUUCCAUCGCGACGGCGGGACCUACCCCAUGGUGGUGGAUCGCAUCGUGUUUCCCCUGAUCACCCUGGUGCCGCCGAUCAUCGUGGCGUUUUGUACACACGACCUGGAGGCUCUGGUGGGAAUCACUGGGGCAUACGCCGGGACGGGCAUUCAGUACAUCAUCCCCGCCACCCUCGUGUACUUCGGUCGCCGCCAGCUAGAGCCUGUUUUUGGAAGGGAUGUACAGAACAAGCACCGGUCUCCGUUCCACCACACAUGCUGGGUAAUAUUUGUGGUGCUUUGGGCAACUUUCUGCCUCAUGUUCGUCACUGCUAAUAUUGUUCUGACGUCUGAAAACAAGCUCUAAUCACGUUUUACAUAAAGGUUUAUCAGUA